CUCUUCUCUCCCGUCUUACACCCGAGGUAAUCCAUCUGUCCCUGGGUUUCUUCAUCCAUCCUCCGUGUACAUCCAAUUCACCCCUGAGCAUUCGUCUCCUUCCCUUUACAUUCUUUCACAAUGGCAUUGGCUGCUAGAACGGCUUCUCGGGCCUUCCUUCGCUCGACCCCCGCUACCUCUUCCUUCAGACCUGCUGCUCGCAGUGCUCGCUUUGCCCUCCCUUCUCAGGGCUUCCGUGCUGCCUCUCGCCGCGGCUAUGCCUCUGAGGCUGGCGAGGCCAAGUCCUCCAACAGCCUCCUCUGGGCUGGUAUUGCCGCUGCUGGUGGUGUUGGCGCCUACUUCUACCUGAAGGGUGGUGAUGCCUCCGUCAGCUCCAAGGAGUUUGUCCCCACCAAGGAGGACUACCAGAAGGUGUACGAUGCCGUUGCUCAGCGUCUCGCCAACGAGACCGACUAUGACGAUGGCAGCUAUGGACCCGUUCUUGUCCGCCUCGCAUGGCACGCAAGCGGUACCUACGACAAGGAGACUGGCACUGGUGGAAGCAACGGUGCCACCAUGAGAUUUGCCCCCGAGUCCGACCACGGCGCCAACGCUGGUCUCAAGCACGCCAGAGACUUCUUGGAGCCCAUCAAGGCCCAGUUCCCCUGGAUCACCUACUCCGACCUCUGGACCCUGGCUGGUGCCUGUGCCAUCCAGGAGCUUGGUGGCCCUGCCAUCCCCUGGAGACCUGGCCGUCAGGACAAGGACGUUGCUGCUUGCACCCCUGAUGGACGUCUCCCCGACGCCACCAAGGAGCAGUCGCACAUCCGUGACAUCUUCUACCGCAUGGGAUUCAACGACCAGGAGAUCGUUGCUCUGGUUGGAGCUCACUCCCUUGGUCGCGCCCACACUGACCGCUCUGGCUUCGACGGUCCCUGGGACUUCAGCCCUACCGUCUUCACCAACGAGUUCUUCCGUCUGUUGGUUGAAGAGAAGUGGCAGCAGCGCAAGUGGAACGGCCCCAAGCAGUUCACUGACAAGACCACUGGUACCCUGAUGAUGAUGCCCGCUGAUCUUGCCCUGACCAAGGACAAGGCGUUCCGCAAGUACGUCGAGCUUUAUGCUAAGGACAGCGACCUCUUCUUCAAGGACUUCUCCAAUGUCUUCGUCAAGCUCCUUGAACUUGGUGUCCCCUUCAAGACUGAGGACCGCUAUGUCUUCAAGACCUCAGAAUCCAACCACCCCCUCACCCAAGACCACUACGAAGUCCUCAACCUCCCCUUCACAGAGACGCCAACGGCACUCUCCAAACAACAGCUCAAAGCAGCCUACCAUAAAGCCCUGCUAAAGCACCACCCGGACAAAGCGCCCGGCGCAAUCGCAAAAGAUGUCCAAACCACCAGCAGCAGCAGCAGCAGCAGCAGCAGCGGCGGCGGCGGCCUCUCUACAUCCGACACAAACCCCUCCUUGCACACGACUCAUCGCUACACAAUAGACGAGAUCACAACCGCAUACAAAACACUAUCUGAUCCAUAUCUACGCGCUGAAUACGAUCGGUCGCUGCGACUCGAUCGUGCAAGGGUCGCGGAGCGGGAGAAGACGGGCACGGUUUUCCAUACGGGUCUGGAAAUCGUGGAUCUGGAGGAUCUGGCGUGCGAUGAGAGUGAUGCGGACGCUGCGCUGUGGUAUAGAGGGUGUCGGUGUGGAGAUGAGAGGGGGUUUUUGGUCACGGAGCAGGAUUUGGAGAGGGAGGCGGAGCAUGGGGAGAUUGUUGUGGGUUGUCGGGGGUGUAGUUUGUGGAUGAAGGUUUUGUUUGCUGUUGAGGAUGGAGAUGAGGAGGAUACUUGAGUGGUGCUGUGGGAUAUGUGUGAUGUGUGAUUGGAUUUGUCGCCUUAGGGCGUGGAUGGAUGAAUUCUUCGCUCGGGGUAUACCCGUUGGAUGCUUUUGGUCGCGAUCGUUGUGACCAGCACUUAGCUGGCAGGGUAUGGUGAUGAUGCAUAAGCUCACGAGUGGCACUGUGCGGUGCACACUCUGUGUCGUCCAAAGAACUCUUCGAGGAUAGGCUCGUGGUGAGCCAUGAUGCCUGCCGCAGCGGACGCUGCUGGCCUAGUCGCACUUUGACCUGUGUCAACCCUCCCAAGGGAGGUUGGGAUACUGCUUGCGGAUUGAUGCUGCAGCACCCUGGAUGCUUAUAUUUUUGUGGUAAGGAUUGUUUAUUCUGACGCUGUUGCUAUCACCUCCAGGUCUACCUGCAUUAAGACCUAAGCCACAGAGUCGAGAUAUGAUAUAUGAGAUAUGAGAAACGUUGAGAGUAUAGACUACAAAAUAGAAAUUGCC